CGUCCCUUGUGAGUUUCAUGCCAGGAAGUACCUGGCAGCAGUAAGGAUCUGACCUGGUGAGCAGACACAGCUGAAAUAUAAAUUCAAACAAAGGUGUUUAAGACUGACAACGUUCAUGGAUUGACGAGGGAAGAAGUGAUUGUCACAAGUCUUCACAUGUAUGCUGACUAUUCAGGACUGUGAUUAGCUGGAGCAGAGUCAUCACUGUUUGGAGUUACUAAAGUUACCACAUGACUGAGCUGGAAAAACAGGCUUUUCUUUCUUGCAAUAUACUUUGAAAAAUUUGUGAUGGGAGGCCAAUGACCGGAGCUAACACCAACAACCCCCUCAGGGGCGCCGUCAGCCUCCAUUAGGUGGAGUUGUGCUGCUACCUCCUCUCCCCUUGGAUCUCUGCAAGUGAUGUGAGGACUCUAAAACUUCACCUGAGCCUCCCUCGGAAUAUGGGUUCUCAAACCCGGCAGUUGGUUUCAAGUUGAAUCAGUCUCUGAUGUCUCCAGCAGGGUGACAUUAUGGCGACUGCAGCACCUGUGUCAGAUGACCUGCAACCCUUAAAGCGGAGCCGCAGCUAUGAAUGGCUGCCACCAUCCAUGUCUGAGCUGAGGGUUGUUCUGCUGGGGAACAGCUGGUCUCAGAGGAGUUCAGUGGGGAACUUCAUACUAGGAGAGACUAAGUUCAACACUGAGGAAGAACCAGACUGCUGUCUGACAGAAAGAGGACAGAUAAAGGACAAAGAAAUAGUUCUGAUCAACACUCCAGAUCUGCUGCAUCUCAACAUCUCUGAAGACAAACUGUCAGAACAUGUAGAAAAGUGUGUGAGACUCUCUGAUCCUGGACCUCAUGUGUUCCUGCUGGGUCUACAGCCUGAAGACCUCACUGAGGAACACAAACUGAGACUCUGCAGAGUCCUGAAACUCUUCAGUGAUCAAUCAUUUGAUCAUUCAUUGAUACUGAUAUCAACACCAAGAGAGGAGAGUUCAGGUUUCAUGGAAAAAUAUUUGCAAAAUCCACUGUUAGGCGACAUGAUCAAAAAAUGUAGAUCCAGUUUGUUGUGGCACCAAAACCUUGGACGUCAGCAGUUGCUAACACUCAUGGACAAAAUGGUAAAGGAGAACAAUGGAGAGCAUGUGAGCUGUGAUGUUUUCAAAGAUGCAGCAUCUGAAUUACCUGGUGGUCAUCAGAGCUCGGAACAAGGGGAAGGAGAUCAUUUCAACUUGGAUCCUGCUCAAGUGUCUGCACCCAGGAUUUUACUGGUGGGGAAAAGUAAGGAAAAAAUGGCAAUGCUUGGUAACUCCAUCCUAAACAAUCAAAGUUUUCAUUCUCCAAAACAUGACAAACUGUGUGUGGCCGCCUGUGGAGAGUGGAGAGGAAACUUUCUAACAGCAGUGAAAACUCCAGACAUCUUCAGUCUAUCUGAGGAAGCAGUGAAAGAAGAGAUGAGGAGGUGCUUCAGUCUUUGUCAUCCUGGACCAAAUGUUCUGCUGCUGUUAGUGAAACCCUCUGAGUUCACUGAGGAGAACAGACAAACACUGAAGUUCAUCCUGAGUCUGUUUGAUCAAGAUGCCUUCAAACACUCGAUGGUCAUCAGCACACAUGAGGGGAGUAAAGCAAGCCUUCCUCUCAGUCAGCUCCUUAAAGACUGUGGAGGGAGACACUACAACAUGGUUAAAAGUGACCGCCAGCUGUUAAUGGAGAAGAUUGAGAACAUUGUGAGUGAAAACAAAGAAGCCUUCCUCACCUUCACUGAAGAGCCCAUCAGACCAAUGUCUGAACACAUCAGAGCAGCUUUAAACCUGGUCCUGUGUGGGAGGAGAGGAGCAGGGAAGACUUCAGCAGCCAAGGCCAUUUUAGGUCAUACAGAGCUUCAUUCAGUCUCCAGCUCAUCAGAGUGUGUUAAACAUCAGGGAGAGGUGUGUGGACGUUGGGUUUCCCUGGUGGAGCUGCCUGCCUUGUAUGGAAAACCUCAGGAGGCAGUGAUGGAGGAAUCAUUCAGGUGUAUCUCCCUCUGUGAUCCUGAGGGCAUCCAUGCCUUCAUCCUAGUCCUACCUGUGGGUCCCCUCACUGAUGAAGACAAGGGAGAGUUAGAGACCAUCCAGAACACAUUCAGCUCUCAAGUCAAUGACUUCACCUUGAUCCUGUUCACUGUGGAGUCAGAUCCUACAGCUCCACCUGUUGUUAACUUUAUGAAGGAGAACAGAGACAUCCAGGAGCUCUGUCAGAGCUGUGGAGGAAGAUAUGUUGUUCUCAACAUCAAGGACCAGCAGCAGAUCCCAGAGCUGUUGGAUGCUGUGGAAAAAAUGAGAGCCUACGAGGAUAAACCACACUGUUAUACAACAGGCAUCUUUGCGCAUGGCAAGAUGGAUACAAUCCUCCAACAACAGAAACACAUCACCACAUUGCAAGCUGAGCUGAAUGAACUGAAGACAAAGAGCACAGUCACUUGUGAUGAAGAGGAGCAGAGCCCAGAGUGUCUCAGGAUUGUGCUGAUAGGGAAGACUGGCAGUGGAAAGAGUUCUUCAGGAAACACCAUCCUAGGAAGAGAUGAGUUUGAAGCUGAAUCAAGCCAAACAUCAGUCACCAAACACUGUCAGAAAGCAGUGGGUGAGGUGGACGGUCGUCCUGUUGCUGUGGUCGACACUCCUGGUCUGUUUGACACAACUUUGUCCCAUGAAGAGGUUAAUGAGGAGAUGGUGAAAUGCAUCAGUCUUCUGGCUCCAGGACCACAUGUCUUCCUGUUGGUGUUACAAAUCGGCAGAUUAACAUCAGAGGAGAAGGAGACAUUAAAACUCAUCAAGGAAGGCUUUGGGAAGAAUGCUGAACAGUUCACCAUCAUUCUUUUAACCGGAGGAGAUAAACUGGAGCAUGAUGAGAUAUCUAUUGAGGAAUACAUUGGAAAAGAAUGUGAUGACUCCUUUAAGAAGCUGAUUGCUGACUGUGGAGGAAGAUACCAUGUGUUCAAUAACUAUGAUAAACACAACCACAAACAAGUCAGUGAGCUGAUGACCAAGAUUGACACCAUGGUGAAGACAAAUGGAGGCAGCUGCUACACUAAUGAGAUGCUGCAAGAGGCCGAGACAGCUAUAAAGAAAGAAGUGCAGAGGAUCCUGAAGGAGAAGGAAGAAGAGAUGAAGAAGGAGGAGCUGAGAAGAAAAUAUGAGGAAGAAAUGCAAGAGAUGAAAAUAAGAAUGGAAGAACAGAGAGCAGAAACUGAAAAGGAGCGAAAACUGAGAGAAAAACAACUCAAAGAAAAGGAGGAGAGGAUCAACAAGGAACGUGAGGAGAGAGAGAAAGAACAGGAAAUGAGAGAAGAAGAAGACAGGAAGAGAAAACGACAGGAAGAAAAUCAACAACAGGAGUGGAAACAAAAAGUUGAAGCUUUGGAGCAACAAAUAAGAUCAGUGGAAAAGUUAAAGGAAACCACUGACAGAAAACUGGAGGAGAGCAGAGAAGAGAUGACAAAAGAAAGAGAGAACUGGGAGAGAAAACGAAAACAAUGGUGGGAGAAACGAUAUGAAGAAGAUGAACAGAGACGACAGGAAGAACAAACAAGACUGAAAAAGUUUCAAGAAGAAUAUGAUCAGGAGAGAGAGAGAUAUGAAAAGAAGAGAAAAGAAGAGGAGCGACUCAGAAGAGAACAAGAGGAAAAAGAGAGACAGGAAAUCGAAGAACAACGGAGAGCAGAAAUUGAAAAAGAGAGAAAACUGAGAGAAAAACUACUUCAAGAAAAGGAGGAGAGGAUCAACAAGGAACGUGAGGAGAGAAAGAAAGAACAGGAAAUGAGAGAAGAAGAAGACAGGAAGAGAAAACGACAGGAAGAAAUUCAACAACAGGAGUGGGAACAAAAAUUUGAAGCUUUGGAGCAAAAAAUAAGAUCAGAGUCAGAAUCAAAGGACAGAAAGCUGGAGGAGAGCAGAGAAGAGAUGAGGAAACAAAGAGAUGACUGGGAGAGAAAACAAAAAGAAUGGUGGGAGACACGAUAUGAGGAGGAUGAACAGAGACGACAAGCGGAGCAAACAAAACUUCGAAAACUUCAAGACGAAUACGACCAAGAGAGAGAGACAUUGGAAAAGAAGAGAAAAGAAGAGGAGCGACUCAGACGAGAACAAGAGGAAAAAGAGAGAAAGGAAAUUGAAGAACAACGGAAAGCAGAAAUUGAAAAAGAGAAAACUGAGAGAAAAAGUACUUCAGGAAAAGGAGGAGAGGAUCAACAAGGAACGUGAGGA